AUGGGUUCAUCUAAUAGGCACUGGCCUAGUAUGUUCAAAUCUAAGCCUACUCAUCAUCACCACCACCACCAAUGGCAUGCUCAUGGUUCCACCAAUCUCAUCUCUUGCCACAGAUCUCCUUAUUCCUCUGGAAAUGAAGAAAGAAGCCCAGACCCAAAACCAAGAUGGAACCCAAAACCCGAACAAAUCCGUAUACUUGAAUCCAUAUUCAACUCAGGAACUGUGAAUCCACCAAGAGAAGAAAUCCGAAAGAUCCGAGAACAACUUCAAGAAUAUGGACAAGUUGGUGAUGCAAAUGUAUUUUAUUGGUUCCAAAACAGGAAAUCAAGAACCAAACAAAAAAAUCGUCACACACAAAAAUCACAAAUUAACCACCAAUCUUGCCUUUCAUCUCCAAUUCCUACAACAUCCUCAUCCGAAAAAACCCGAACUAAGUCAGUUAAUUAUAACCAACAACCACAAACCUACGUUGGAAACGAAUUAUUCGGUACUCAUGAGCCUAACUUUUGUUUCACUAAUUCGGUUCAACAAGGUACAAAUAUUAAUAUAAGUGAUAAUCAUCAUGGACUAAUUGGUUUUUCGGAGUUGGGAAAUAAUGUGAUUAAUAAUCAAGAUCAGAUAAUUGGUAAUAUUGGAUCUAAAGGGAUGUUGCUUACUGAUUUUAUGAUGAUGAGUGAUCAACAAACUGGAAUUCUCACAAAUAAUAAUAAUAAUAUAAGUAAAGAAAAGAUGAUGAAAUUUUCUUCUAGUUACAAUUUUACAGCACCAUCACCAGCUACUACUACUAUCUCUACUGUUGCAUCGACUAUUACUAAUAUUCAAGGUGCUACUGAUGUGGAACAUCAAGGGCCAGCAAAAUCGACUGUUUUCAUAAAUGAUGUAGCGUAUGAGGUCGCGACAGGUCCUUUAAACGUCAAGGAGGUAUUCGGUGAUGAUGCAGUGUUGAUCCACUCUUAUGGACAUCCGGUGGUGACCAACGAGUGUGGCGUGACCCUCCAAUCCCUCCAACACGGUGCGUUCUAUUAUCUGGUACGUACGUACGCUUGCUUCUACGAUAAUUCCAGCACCAUCGAUUUCAUACAUAUUUUUCUAACUGUGAUGAUUUAUUCCAUUUUUACCUUUCAUUAA